AAGCCAUACACGUAUCAAAUUAAUAACAAGCAUUUGAAAAGAAAAGGAAGAUUAAAAAGAUGGGCAACUUUCUCUGGAAAAGCAGCGACGUGCACCCGGUGUUCGGCGACGGAGGACGGAGAGAGAACCUGGAGGCCGGAGAAAAGAAGGGUCCCUUAAGGAUAAAAGUGAGGAUGAGAAGGGAUAAACUAGAAGAGCUUUUAUAUGUGGCUCGUCGUGGCGACCAAUCUGAGGGUGACGGCGAAGGUGGUGAGAUUGGUUUCUUGAUUCUUAAAGAAUGUAUGGAAGGUCACUUGCCGGCGACGGUUCUUGGCUCGGGUGAUGAUGUUCCACCUCAACGGUGUGAAAAUCACUUGGUGUCUGGAAGAUUGAGUUCCAUCAAAGAGGAAUAACUGAAUGAAUAUGUGUCUUGAUUCAUGGAUACCAAAUAUACUUUAGAUAACCGCACUUUAGUAACGUUUUUUUUUCUUCAGAUCCUUCUAAUAUAUAGUAUUAUAUUAGGCUAAGAAGAAUAAGAGAGUAUGUUGGCUCAUGCAUUUUAAAGAUAUAGGUGUAAAUUUCUACAUUUUCUUUUCGUCUAAAGAAUGUAAAUUCACAUUUACACAAAAUAUGAAUUAAUCAUCAUACUCAAAUACUAUAAUUAUUUUUACUUCAAAAUAUGAAAGAUACACUAGUAUAUAAACGAUAUGCGGUAUAUCUACUCAUUAUUAAAGUCCAGCUAGUAAAUUUAAACAAACGUAACACAAUUUAAAAUAACAUAAUAUUUGGUUUUUAAAUAUAAGUUGAAGAAACGAUCAUGUCAAAGGGAAUCAUAAUGUGAACCUUUCACGAAUGAGAAAUUUUAAAUGGAUUUCUCAAUUAUUUGAGACACUACUUAACUACUUAAUAAAAUACUAAUGAUUUUGUUUUCACACUUAACUCAGAUAACAAUACCAAUAAAUUAAUGAUGCUCUAAAAUCUCAUAUCAUAAAUAUAAAAGACAAAGACUAAUAAUAUAUAUAAAAGAGACGUAAGUAAUAUAAGUUGAGUUAUAUUUUCAUAGUUCGUUACAUAAUUAUCAGUUUUUAUUCACUUUAAACAUUUCAUCUUUGAGGAUAUCUCAAAGAAUAAACUAUUACAUACAAACUUCAAAUCCAAUCGAUAACUUUUAAACUCGAAACUUCACAAUCGUCUCUAAUUGGAUGAGUAAUAUAAAAUAUAUAACUUUUAAAAUCGAGGUCGAUGUCACGUGAAGUUAAUAGUUAAAUACAUUUUCCACGAUAUCCUAAUUUCGGUCAAAGUCAAAUAUCGUUAGCGAAGACAUACGUGGAAACAACGGCAGCACCAGCCUAAACAUUUCCUUGGCCCAAAAUAAUACGUAGUUCAUUAACUACUUCUGAAAAUGGGCCUGUUUAAGAAAACUAACAAGUAACUAAAUCUAUGUUUUACGUUAUGUAUUGGAGUUAUUAGAUUAUUAGUCAACAACUGUCUAUCUUAUAGACAAAAAAAUGUAAAACCCGAGAAGCGCAUGAAAACUAAUUAUUGGAAACAUUU